AUGGACAGAAGGUGGAUACAAAACCCUAACAGAUGCGCAGACGAAUACUUGGAUGGAAUCGAGGAUUUUAUUGAGUUUGCACGUAGACACAACCCGGGUGCAACUAGAAUCCGUUGUCCUUGUAGGAGGUGCAACAACACGUUAUGGGAGACAAUUGAAAAUGUUGGAUUUCAUUUAGUAAGAAAUGGAAUGAUUGAGACAUAUAGCAUUUGGAACCUUCACGGGGAACAAUUAGAGCAUGCUUCGUCUUCAAAUGCCACAAGAGUGGACAAUGUUCAACCUAUUGUGGAUGCUAAUGAUGAAGUCAUGGAUAUUAUACAGGAUGUUUUUCCAUUUGCAUCGACCAACAUGAAUCAAGAAGAGCAAGAUGAUGUGCCUACACCAAUAGACAGUGCGGAGUUUGAACAAUAUGAGAAAUUGUUAAAAAUGCCAACCAAGAGUUAUACCCGGGGUGCGAGAGCUUUUCCGUUCUCACGGCCAUUGUGGAGCUAA